AUGGCAAUAAUCGGUCAAUUUACAUAUCUUUUUAAUCGUUGUCGAGAAGAAGAGUGUUCUGAAAAUUCUUCAAGUAUACCAGAUAUGGUUCUGUUUCUUUAUAUACGUGAUGAAGGUAGUGAAGAAAAAAUUUUAAAUAAUAAAAGUUCAAACAAUACCUGUUCACGUUCGUUAAGCCAAUCGACUGAAAAGGAAUCUGAUAAUCCUAAACAUUCGACUCAAAGAAUCAAUUUGAUUAGUUCCAGACCUCCUUUGAUUCAAAGAAUCAAUUUAACUGAUUUCAGACCUCCUUUAGCUUCUUCUCUACAAAAAUCUAAUUUAACUAGUUCCAGCCCUUCUCCUUUGGCUUCUUUGUCUCAAAAAACUAAGUUAAUCAGUUCCAAAUCUUUUUUAGCUUCUUCAGAUCAUUUAACUAGUUCUAGUCCUUCCCCUUCAGCUUCUUCAGCUAGUUCUAAACCCUUUUCAGCUUCUUCGACUCAGAAACCAUCCAUCAACCUAGAAAAAUUAGUAGCUAUAAAAGAAAGAUAUGAAAAAGAUAUAGUGAUGGAGGCAUCAGAAAAAAGGGAAGAAUACAGGAAAAAAACUUCCAGUGAUGAUAUGGAUUUAUCAGAGAACAACUACCAGAAUUUAGCAAAAAAAUUAUCUGAUUUACGUAUGAAAUACAAUCAGUUAGAAUGA